AUGCUGUAUCUGCAAGAUCCACGCAACGACGGUGUAGAACACUUUGCGUGGAUUAAAAACCUGAGCUCGCAACUCAGCAGACAAAAGAAUAAAAAAUUUUUCUGCGAUCGAAAAAUUAAUGAUUGUGCCAUCAGACUGCCGAGCGAGGACGACAAAUGGCUCGAAUUCGGCAACCACUGCAAUAAGGAGCGCAUUCCAUUCGUCGUGUAUGCCGACUUGGAGUACGUUCUACAGAAGACGGAGCCCGACAAGGAAGAUGCGUUGUACACAUAUCAGCGGCACAAGGUAUGCAGUGUGGGCUACUACGUGCGUUGCUCGAACGACAACUCGUUAUCGUCGUAUCAGUUCCGUCGCGAUAAAGAUAGUAUAGCGUGGUUCGCGUGUCAACUCCAAGACUUGGCUCAUCGCGUAAAAGAUAUUAUAUCCGCCAACGUGCCCAUGAAAGUGCUGUCUAAACAUCAAUGGGAGACAUACCGUAGCGCGACGCGUUGUCACAUCUGCGAGAAACUGUUCGCGCCAGACGAUACGCGAGUCCGCGAUCGUUGUCACUUAACCGUUGUAUUUCACAACUUGUCGGGCUACGACGCACACUUUAUAGUUAAAGAAAUCGCUACAGCAUAUGAGGGACAAAGUCAGGUCGUGGCGGGUAACUGUGCGCAGGCGGUUUAA